AUGAUAUCGAAGCUCUUGGCGCUCAGUGCCGUUCUUCUCGCCUCUGCCAUCGCUGACGUCUUCGACUCGUCUUACUCCAAUAUCUCCGGCGCUGCUAUCAACGAAGACAGGGUCGAAACCGCCGUUUUAGUCGACACUUCCACGACAGGACCCGCCGAUGACAUUCUAUGGGAUGCUGCGUUAUCCAAAGGCCGCAAGUUGAUACUAGCCACGAGCUUCAACCUUCCAGAGGCUGAAAAGGUCUAUCAACCGAUGACUAGUAUCUGGGAUGGAACCCUCGAACGCGAACUAGCAGUUUGGGGCUACUCGGAACCUGACUGGCCGGAAGUCGAAGACUCUGACGAAAACUGUGUCAUGGGAAAAGAAAACCACGGCCUUCAAGAUAUGCUCAAACAGCUACAUGCAGAUGAUCGAGAUUCACGUGAUGGAGGGGACAACAUCUGUCACACAGUUCAACAUCAAGACGGCCCUUAUUUGGAGAAAGACAAGAACGGUGAAGUACCAGACGAUCCUAGGGAACAAUACUACAAAGUUGAUGGGCGCAGAUACAGGGUUACCGGCGCGGAUUCCACCAUUGGAAUAAAUCCAAAGGCUGGUAUUAUCUUCUUUCUGACCCUUGAGAGCCCCACGUACGCGGCGAGAACGCUAUGGGGGGUAACCUCCGUCAAGCCGGACGAAAUGCCUGCCCUCCAAAGAACCUCGGAUAUUACCUGGGGUCUCUGGAAUAGGCAUAGCAAAGAAAGCCUUUCCAACAUCAACUAUUUCUUCACGGUAGCAGUUGCGAACACGGAAACGCGCAAGAUCAUCAGCAGAGCCAUGGGACAGAACACUGUGCCGAAUGCGCCAGGAUACACCUUUAGACCUGAGAAUGUGAACUUCAUUGCUCAGAAUGAGAACUUCAUUGCUCUGUUGGGUAUGUAUACGAUUGCAGCUUUCUCUGAUAUGUUCACCAGAAGCUCUCAAGGUCUCAACAGUCAUAGGAUAUGCACUAACUACCAGUUUCUAGGAUCGCCGAACCUUGUGAUGGUAAUGUAUUUCCUCCUCCAACACAAGAAACAGUUUGGCCACAAUCGAUGGGUUACUGAAAUCCGUGUUUUCAUACCAAAUGGGGAUUUGAAUACGGUUUCGAUGCUUGUAAAGGUUGAGCGAGCGCCAGCGCCCCCGCCAGUAUCUCCUGAGCCCAUCGAAGAUCCAGAUUGCGCGGAGAAAAGGUCGUUGAUAAGUGCGGCAGUCCCACCGCUUAAUAUCGAUAGUUGGAAGAGUGGCGAACGUGCAAAUUCGACCUUCGAGGAGGUAAAUCUGGUUAGAAGGCAUAUCAUAUGGGCUUAG